AUGCGAGAAAGGAUUUUGGCCGCCCAAGUCACUGUCGAGUAAAUGCAAUAUCAACGACCGUAUCCUCGAUGUUAACGACGCCGUUUUGAUCAGCUAGAUGCAAUCUUAGCCGUCAGAUAGGGACUAAUCUCAGCCGUCCAAUUGUCUAGAGGUUUGGGAGUUUUCAAUUCAUCGGAAAGCCUCUUGACAUCUGAACCGUAGUAGGGGGAAACGGAUUUGAAACGACAAUUAAGCACCGGAAUGGACGCAUGGUAGUUCCAGGUGGUCGACAGUGGUGGUUAUUGGAGGAUUUGCGGCGGUGAUAGUGGGGUUAGAUCUUCGUUGGGUUGCAAAACUGGACGACAGGGGAGGAAGUCUUUGAGAGGGCGGCUGAGUUCCGGCGAAGGGUUGAUGUUGACGGAUCCGAUGACGGUCCUAAAUCGUUGUUUUAGCAUUAUUAGAUUAUUCUAUUAAAAAUCUUUGAAGAAGAGAGUUUAAUUUGUUUGAUCCAUAGACUGGUAUGUUUCGAAAAUUUUCUUUCCCUUCUGCGAAUUUCUCUUACAUUCAUCCGCCGAGAGUUAAUUAGUCUUCUCUGUUUUCAUGGAUGAGAGCCAGAUGGAAAUUCCCUUGCAUACAAGAUCCCUUUUUGUCAAAUACAGGAUCUUUUCUCAACCACGCAGACAUCAGUUCCCUUCUCUCAAUUUGCGGGAGAGAUGGAAAUCUUCAACUUGGUGCUUCAAUCCAUGCCCUCAUUAUCAAGCGGAUUCGGUCUUUUGAUUUUGAAAGCUCGAAUGGUACCCGCAAUGCCCUAUUCAUUUGGAACUCUCUCCUCGCUAUGUAUUCGAAAUGUGGGGAACUAUUGGAUGCCGCUAAGCUGUUCGAUCGUAUGCCUGUCAGAGAUACUGUGUCUUGGAACACAAUGAUUUCUGGGUUUUUGAGUAACAGGGGUUUUAACUCGGUCUACAGUUUGUUUAAACAGAUGCAUCAGUCGGCGUGUGAUCCGUUUGAUAAAGCAACUCUGACCACAAUGCUAUCAGCUUGUGAUGGUCCUGAAUCUUCUAAUCUAAAUAAGAUGAUUCAUGGUUUAGUAUUUGUUGGUGGUUUUGACCGGGAAAUUUCAGUGGGGAAUGCCCUAAUAACGUCAUAUUUCAAAUGUGGUUGUUUUAGUCAUGGAAGUCAAGUUUUUGAUGAAAUGCCUGAAAGGAAUGUUAUAACCUGGACGGCAGUGAUGUCAGGCCUUGUACAAAAUGAAUUUUAUGCGGAUAGUUUAAAAUUAUUUGCUCAAAUGCGGUGCUCUAGAUCAGUUAUUCCGAAUUCUUUGACAUAUUUGAGCUCGCUUAUGGCUUGUUCAGGUUUGCAAGCUUUGGAUGAAGGUCGCAAAAUUCAUAGCUUGCUCUGGAAAUUGGGGAUGCAGUCAGAUUUGCUCAUUGAAAGUGCAUUGAUGGAUUUGUAUUCAAAAUGUGGAUGUUUAGAAGCUGCAUGGAAGAUUUUCGUGUCAGCUGAAGAACUGGAUGAGGUUUCCUUGACUGUAAUACUUGUAGCUUUUGCUCAAAAUGGAUUGGAGGAAGAAGCUAUCCAUAUUUUUAUGAGAAUGGUGAAGUCAGGGAUUGAAAUUGAUCCAAACAUAAUUUCAGCUAUACUUGGGGUAUUCAGUGUUGACACUUCUUUGGCUCUAGGCAAGCAGAUUCACUCCUUAGUCAUUAAAAAGAACUUCAUUCAUAAUACUUUUGUUAAUAAUGGACUUGUAAACAUGUAUUCCAAGUGUGGAGAUCUGUAUGACUCGCACCAAGUCUUCUGUCAAAUGGCUCAGAAGAACUCAAUAUCAUGGAACUCCAUGAUUGCAGCUUUUGGUCGCCAUGGGGAUGCUUGUAGAGCACUUCAACUGUAUGAAGAGAUGAGAUUGGAAGGUACAGCUCCCACGGAUGUUACAUUUUUGUCUUUAAUUCAUGCUUGCAGUCAUGCAGGCUUAGUUGAGAUGGGGAUGGAGUUGAUGGAAUGUAUGAAAAGAGAUCACUGUAUAACUCCUCGAUCAGAACAUUAUGCAUGCGUUGUCGACAUGUUGGGUAGGGCUGGACUUCUUAAGGAAGCUAGAACUUUCAUAGAGAGUUUAGCAGAGAAUCCUGGCAUAUUAGUUUGGCAAGCAUUGCUUGGUGCUUGUAGCAUUCAUGGUGAUUCUGAGAUGGGUAAAUAUGCUGCUGAUCAACUAUACCUAGCUGCACCCGAUAGCCCAGCUCCUUACAUCUUGAUGUCCAAUAUAUACUCUACUGAGGGGAAAUGGAAAGCCAGGGCAAAAACUAUCAAGAGAAUGAAGGAGAUGGAAGUAACGAAAGAGGUAGGUACUAGUUGGAUAGAGAUCAAAAAUAAAAUCAGUAGCUUUGUUGUGUGGGAUAGAUUGCAUCCACAAGCUGAUAUAAUAUACUGGACUUUAUUUGGCUUGUUGAAACACAUGAAAUAUGAAGGAUAUGUCCCUGAUGAGAGGUUUAUUCUUCAUCACUUAGGUCAAGAUUUGAAAGACUAGGCGCUGCUUUUAUUCUGACAGUAAAAUUUCUUGUGAGGAUCAUGGUGAUUGCGUAGAAAGUAAGCCAGCUCGCAAAUAUUUCUUCAUAUGAAUUGGAUUCACAGGCAAUUUGCGUGGCUUCUGCUUGUUUUCUCAACUGAAUAGAUGAUAAAUUUCCUCUUGAAGAAAGAAAGAUAUAAGAAGAAAAAUUCUUAGGUGAUUAAAAAUGGAAAAGAAAGAAAAAGAAAGGAAUGGAGCAGACGGUGGAAUUUUGAAGAUGCUGAAAAACCCAAUUCUUACCCUGUGUUUUUGGUGAAUACACCUCAGUCAAUAUAAAUAGCCGAAAGAUAGAUAGUUGUUGUUGGAAAGAAGAUUGCAAAGCUGUGGAGACAGCAAGCCAACCAUUUUGAGAAGGAUGAACAUUGUCCCAAAAGAUUGAUUCCUCUGCUUUCUCACAUACUUUGUAUUGUUUCUCUCCUUUCUUAUCCACACUGCCACAUUCUCCUCCAUUCACACCCACACAACAUGGCUCUAAUGGAUUCAUCAUCCUUGGGUUUUCUGCAAAAAGGAACAAAAAUUAAAAUAAAUCAAGACGUAUAAUAAUAGAUAAUGGUAUAUUAGAAAUUCCAGUC